AGGCGGGGCAGGGGGUGAUACUCGGAAGGUGGGCUCAGCCUUCGAGGUGGCAUUGGUGGCUUUGGACGCUUCUUCCUAUUCUUUCCUUUCCCCAGUCUUCUCAGUGUGAUUUUCUUGGUUCUACUUUUUGCAAAGAUCGACUUUGCCUCAGAAUCAACAUCUUCAUCUAAGAUUAGUUCCUGUGUAUCCUGUGUUUGCAAAUCAGUGGAGUUAAGCACACUACAUACAAGCUGAGAAGUCAAAUAAGGAAAUGAAUUCCUUCCCUUGACAGUUCUAAGUUUAAUUGCAAAAGCCAGUUCUUAGGUUGGCUUGGGCAGAAAAGUGAAACGAGAAUGCUCCACUUAAACAGAUAUCAACACCUGAAACAGAUAACAGUAAAAUGUUUUUCUAGUAUUCAUGUUAAAACGGAUAAACAUGCACAGCUGUUUUUUUCAAGAAUCUUUGCACUUGCAGAAUUAAGGAAGUCAUGGCAUUCAACAUACUCUCUUAUUGGAGACAAAAAUAUUAUCCUGAUGGGCCCUCCUGGCGCUGGGAAAACAACCAUAGGCAGAAUAAUAGGUCAGAAACUAGGUUGUUGUGUCAUAGAUGUGGAUGAUGAUAUACUGGAAAAAACCUGGAAUAUGAGUGUGUCUGAAAAAUUGCAGGAUGUUGGUAAUGAGCAGUUUUUAGAAGAGGAAGGAAAAGCUGUGUUAAACUUGUCUGCAUCUGGAAGUGUGAUUUCCCUUACUGGGUCCAAUCCCAUGCAUGAUGCUAGCAUGUGGCAUCUGAAGAAAAAUGGAAUCAUUAUAUACCUCGAUGUACCUCUUACAGAUAUAAUUAGUCGUCUACAAUCCAUGAAGAUAGAUAGGAUUGUAGGUCAGAAUUUUGGAACACCUAUGAAAGACUUGCUUAAAUUUAGAAGACAGUAUUAUAAGAAAUGGUAUGAUGCCCGAGUGUUUUGCGAAAGUGGGACUUCCCCGGAGAAGAUAGCUGACAAAGUGUUGGAUGCAGUCAAAAGAUACCAAGAUGUGGAUUCCGAAACAUUCAUUUCAACAAGGCAUGUUUACCCUAAGGAGUGUGAACAGAAAGUUUCAACAAAAUUCUUCAGCGAAGCUGUGAUUGAGGGGUUGGCUUCAGAUGGGGGACUCUUUGUUCCUGAAAAGGAGUUCCCAAAAUUCAACUGUGGAGAGUGGAAAAGCCUAGUAGGAGCAACCUACAUAGAAAAAGCACAAAUACUUUUGGAAAGGUGUAUACAUCCUGCAGACAUACCUGCUGCCAGGCUGGGAGAAAUGAUUGAAACCGCUUAUGGGGAGAACUUUGCCUGCUCAAAAAUUGCCCCUGUCAGGCACCUUUCAGGUAACCAGUUCAUCCUGGAGUUGUUCCAUGGACCAACAGGAUCAUUUAAAGAUUUGUCUUUACAGCUUAUGCCUCAUAUUUUUGCACACUGUAUCCCACCAAACUGCAAUUAUAUGAUACUUGUAGCUACUUCUGGAGACACAGGGAGUGCAGUCUUAAAUGGUUUUAGUCGUCUCAAUAAGAAUGACAAACAAAGAAUAGGUGUGGUCACAUUUUUUCCUGAGAAUGGAGUUAGUGAUUUUCAAAAAGCACAAAUAGUUGGUAGUCAGAGAGAAAAUGGAUGGGUAGUGGGUGUUGAGUCAGAUUUUGAUUUUUGCCAGACAGCUGUAAAAAGAAUUUUUAAAGAUUCUGAUUUUACUGGCUUUCUCACUGUGGAAUAUGGAACAAUCUUAAGUUCAGCUAAUUCCAUAAACUGGGGCCGAUUGCUUCCCCAGGUAGUUUAUCAUGCUUCCGCAUAUCUUGAUCUUGUUAGCCAAGGAUUUAUUUCUUUUGGAAGCCCAGUAGAUGUUUGUAUUCCCACAGGAAACUUUGGUAACAUAUUAGCAGCAGUAUAUGCCAAAAUGAUGGGGAUCCCUAUUCGAAAAUUUAUCUGUGCCUCUAAUCAGAACCAUGUUUUGACUGAUUUUAUAAAAACAGGACAUUAUGAUCUAAGGGAAAGGAAAUUAGCACAAACCUUUUCGCCAUCAAUAGAUAUUCUCAAACCUUCAAACCUGGAGCGGCACUUAUACUUGGUGGCUAAUAAAGAUGGACAAUUAAUGACAAAAUUAUUUAAUCAGUUAGAAAAUCAGCAUCACUUCCAAAUAGAAAAGAUUCUAGUUGAGAAACUUCAGCAGGAUUUUGUAGCUGACUGGUGCUCUGAGGAAGAGUGCCUAGAAGCUAUUAGAUCCACCUACAAUACUUCAGGGUAUAUUUUGGAUCCACACACUGCUGUUGCAAAAGUGGUUGCAGACAGAAUGCAAGACAAAACUUGCCCUGUGAUUAUUUCAUAUACAGCUCAUUACUCAAAGUUUGCACCUGCUGUCAUGCAGGCUUUAAAGAUUGAAGAAAUCAACCAAACUUCAUCAAGUCAGCUUUAUUUACUGGGUUCAUACAAUGCAUUACCUCCACCACAUGGGGCUUUAUUAGAGAGAAUGAAACAGCAAGAGAAGAUGGAGUACCAGGUUUGUGCAGCUGACUUGAAUGUCCUGAAGAGUCAUGUGGAAAAACGAAUCCAAAAUCAAUUCAUAGUAAAGUUUUCUGAGUAGAAUAUUUUUCCUGGUGAUAUGCAUGCAAUAAUACCGAAAGUUGAUUUG